CUCAACAUCAGCCACAGGCAUGAAAACAUAACUGAAAAUUAAAACCUCUUAUAUACCUCAAUAUAGUUUAAAUAUAGUUUUAUUUAAAUCCAAAUUUCUUUAAAAACCCGUUACUCGGUCUUGUUUCAGGCUCAGUUUGACUCUGAGAAAAGCAUCAUGUUUAUCCCUGUAGAAAACUCGCUGUGCUCUUUCAAAGGUUUCACCCUCGUCAUGCCAGCUGUGGCUGUCGGUAAUGUGGGUCAGCUGGCUGUGGACCUCAUUGUGUCCACUCUCAACAUGAAGCGAGUUGGCUACGUCCACACAGACUGUCUCAUUCCGAUGGCUGGAAAUAACCCCUACACCAUCUGCAGGGACGAUGCUGAGGAGCUGCACACUCCUGCAGAAGUUUAUACAGCACCAGAGCUGAAGUUGGCAGUUCUUCAGAUCAGAGCACCAAUAAUUCAGACAAAGUUCAAAAAGUUUCGUCAACUGAUCGUGUCUUGGAUCAAGUCCAGCGGGUUCUCCAGGACUGUAAUUCUGUCCAGCAGCCACGCCUACCAGAGGGAUGACCAACAGCUGAAAGGAAUGCCACUGAGGUACCUGGUCACUCCGUCCCUUCUGAAAGUGAGCGAGGACGCUCUGAAGUCAUUGGGCUGGAGGGAAAUGGAGCGAGUGCCAGCAUUCCCGGGAAUGACGGACACCAACGCAGAGCCACGCCUCUGCAUCCCCGGAGGAGGAUUCACUAAAGGACUCUAUUCAGACAGUUGCUCUGAGGAUCUUCCGCUGGCUGUUCUGCUGCUCUUCUGCUCAGAGGGCGACAACAUCCCAGACGCCUUCACCCUCGUCAACCACCUGAAUGACUGGCUCCACCUGCUGGACAGUCCUAGCCAAGAGGCAAACAAAUGGAAGAUUCCUCCUUCCUGGAGUCUUCUCUUUGGCAGUGGCAUCCCUCCUGCACUCUUCUGAGACACACUCACACACACACAUUCAGUUUUUGUCUUUUUUGAGCUGGUAAUCUUUUUGUGGCAACAACAAACUUAGUAUUUUUCAGACAUUAAAUCAGUAAAUCAACAAGCUCACAUCUAGUUUUAUGUGUGAAGGUUGUGGACGGUCUGCUAUAAAACAAUUAUUUUGAGUUUACCUGCUCUAGAUCAAUGACCUCAUUAAACUCUGAGUUUCCUUAGUUUGGAUAAUAAACGUUAGAUGUACAAAUAUUACGUCAUUUACAAAACAGUUUCCUUGUACUCCAGCACUUGAAUGUUAUUGCCAAUAAAAAAAAAAAUAAAACAUUUCUACAAGAAACCAGUUUGAAUGUAUCUAAAAAUAAAGACUUUGUUUGUAUUA